AUGCACUUCAACAGCUAUGUCAAUCACUGUGAGACACAACCAUUUGACGACAUAGUAUUAUACUCAGGAUGGUUGGCUUGCGGAUCACGUCUCACUGCUCCUUAUCUUCCUGAGUGUGUGACGCGGCAGUUCGGCUACACUCAGACCAUUCCCAAACACCCUGGUGUCUCUGCUCCUCCUGCUACGACACAUAGAGACAUGGAUGCCAUGUUUGAUGAUUAUCAGAGUCAUCUGGUACCGGAGGAGGCACAAAGUACCAUAAUUGAUAGUGAUUGGAAUUGCGUCGACAUGUACAUCAAGUGGUUCUUUAGGGCGUCACUUCUGUAUAUGGUACAGGUUGCUCCAGGAUAUCCACCGAGGCUAGCUCAUUAG